GCUAUUUUGAUCUUAUUUUCGAAGUAAACUACAGAAAGAGAGAGAAAGCGAAAGCGAAAAAGAAAUAGAAAGAGAUGAGGAGAAGAAGCAUAUGGGCAUGGGUAGUUGCUAUCGUCUGCUUCGUAGUGCUAAUGAUCGUCACUCCAACCAUACCACAGUCUCAAGAAUACCAUGAUUUCGCCGAUCAACGUCGAUUCUUCGGAAUUCCUAAUGCACUUAACGUGAUUUCAAAUUUCCCGUUCCUUGUUAUUGGUAUCAUUGGACUGGUGCUUUGCUAUUACCGGAAUUAUUUUAGGCUUAGCUUGGAAGGUGAGCUUUUGGGCUGGACAUUUUUCUAUAUAGGUGUUGCUGCUGUUGCUUUUGGAUCUUCAUACUACCAUCUAGAACCAAAUGAUGCUCGUCUUGUGUGGGAUCGCCUGCCGAUGACUAUUGCAUUCACUUCGAUCAUGGCAAUCUUUAUCAUUGAAAGGAUUGAUGAGCGAAAAGGAACACUAUCUAUCAUACCACUACUUUUGGCUGGUCUAUUUAGUAUAUUGUACUGGAGGUUUUUUGAUGACCUUCGACCAUAUGCUCUGGUCCAGUUUGUUCCUUGCAUUGUCAUUCCUUUGAUGGCUAUCCUGUUGCCUCCAAUGUACACACACUCGACGUACUGGCUUUGGGCAGCAGGAUUUUAUCUUUUGGCAAAGGUGGAAGAAGCUUGUGAUAAGGUCAUUUAUGGUUGGACACAUGACAUUGUUAGUGGGCAUACACUUAAGCAUUUAUGUGCAGCAAUGGUUCCUGUUUUCCUGACACUCAUGCUUGCAAAGAGGACUAUUGAAACAGACAGGAAAAGUUUACUGAAGACAUGGAAGGUUUCUUGGACAAAAGUUAAAGUCAAUGGGAACCAGCAAGAGGUAACUUACAGCUCUGUAUCAGCUGUGGAAUCACAAGCAUAGUACAUCUUAUUUACUCUUGAUGGAUGACCCCUUUUACUAGAAAACUACUCCCUUUGUUUUGUAUAUAACACACAAAAGGGAAAAGAGAAAAACAAAGCAAUAUUCGUUAGUGGAGCAGUACUAUUACUGUCGUAGUUGAUUGUAAUAUUUUGUUAAAUGCAUGUACAACUUGUAGACAAACUGGUAUAGUGGUAUGCAAUCUAAAAUUUAUUUGAAUUA